UGAAGCACAGGAAGUGACGUCAGAUGUUUGCAGUUUCCGCUUGAGAACAGACGGAGGAGUAGCUUCGUUAGUCUAGCCGUGUCUUCCCUCCUCUGGUUUUUUUUUAAAUAUGUUUCUGUGGUGAUUUGACAGAUUCAUGAACGUCUUCACCUCCGGAGGACUUUCACGGUUCUUUUGCAUUUCCUUACCCGCCUCAGAGCCCUCUUCCGCGGCAGGAUGUCGGGCCGACUGGCCUUCCAGACGCAGCUGGCCUCCAUCAUGGAGGUGCUGGCUAACGCGGCGGUGGCUGAGAUCUGCAAGCUGGUGGACGAUGACUACGCGGUGGUGAGCCUGCAGAUGUCCCAGUGUCAGCGGGAGAACAAGGCCCUGAAGAGGAAGGUACACCUGCUGGAGCUCAAGAUGGCACGGGGGAACGCCGAGAGGAGGCUCCGGGAGAGCGCCAUGAACGGCGGCCGGCCCAGAGUGCAGAUCACCGGGGGAGACAGGCUGCGAGAGGCCGCCAACAUCUCCACCUCCAGAUCCUCCUGCACAGACGCAGCGUUCGGAGGACAGAUGGACGUGGUUCUGUGGUCGGGCCGAGCUGCACAAGAAGACGUCGAGCUGAUCCACACUGAGCGUGCGCAGAGGAAGUCUCCAGAUGUGCAGCUGGUGGAGGAGGAUGAGGCGCAGGUGAAGGAGGAGAAGGUGGAGGCAAUCAUGUCGAGGGUGACUGAGAGGGAGGAGGAGGAGGAGGAGGUGCUGAUCAGAGACGAUGGACUGCUCGAGUGUGUCCCCCGUGGACCAGGACAGAGACCCGGCCUCCACCAACAGGGCACCCAGUCCAGCUCCCAGCAGACCCUAUCCCCGUCCCCAGGCAGCAGGAGGAGGAGGCGUGCGGGCGACAGAGGAGUGGAGAAAGAGGAGGAGGAGGAGGAGGAGGAGGACGUGGUGCUGGUGAAGGUGGAGGAGGUGGAGCAUGUGGAGCAGCUGGGGGCGGGGCCUCAAACUCAGCGCAGCCUCAGCAUUCAGGAGGGUCUAGUGGAGUCGAGCACAGACGACUUCAGAGCUGCUCUACCGUUUGAUGACAUCACACAGAGCUCCAAUAGUCAGCUGUCUGACCUGCAGGAGAGUGGGCGGGGCUUCUCAGAGGUCAGCUAUGGCACUUCGUCGCUUUGGACCAAUGGAGGAAGCAGUUAUUGUCAUGACAACAGCCUCCCGGGGCCGUCCUCUCACUGUGCCCCCCUCUCUUACCUGCCCGGUGCUCUGAUUGGAGCAGAGCUGGGCGAUGCUGGGAGGGAAUUGGCUGCUGAGGGCUCUCAUGGUUUCCACACUUCUGUGUCCUUUCAGCAGCAGCUUCCUGUAAUCGACCUGUCAGAGGAGUCUAGCCAUGCCCCCUCUUUAGAUCAGGUACAGGGACCCCCUGAGGCUCAGAAUCGGGCUCAGGCUCCGGGAGGGACCAGCAGGAGGCGAGUCUCUACCUGCAAGUUCUGUGGUAAAGGCUUCAGCUCCCCUGCUAACCUGGAGUCUCACCUGAGAACACACACAGGGGAGAAACCGUACGGCUGCAACGUAUGUGGGAAAAAGUUCUCCCAGUUCUGGAACCUAAAGAUACACCGACACAUCCACACCGGGGAGAGACCGUACCAGUGUUCCCUGUGCGCCGAACGCUUCUCCGACCCCAGCAACCUAAGAAAGCAUGAGAAGAGACAUCACCCGCGCGCGUAGAGACAUAAAAACACCACACACACAUAGAAACACAACCCACAGACAUCAACACCUCCCUGCGGUCUGAACGCUCCUCUGAACCAAGAACCCGACAAAGCACGAAAAGACACACCACCCACAUAAAAAACAACAGCCACAGACUUAGAAACACAACACACACAGACACUGACCCCUCCCUGUGCUCAGAGCGCUACUCAGA